CUGGCAUCCUUGGACCUCGCGGACGAGGACACGGUUCGCGAGCUGCUCGGUCGGCUCCCCGUGGGACACGUGAACGAGCGCGCUCGGCUGAAGACGGCGCUCGAGAAGAACUUCGCCCGUUGGUGGCAGCUGCUGCAGAGCGAGUUCUCCUUGCUCCUCUACGGCUUCGGCAGCAAGAAGGAGCUCAUGGAGGACUUCGCCGGCAAGAUGCUGACGGACGGCGGGGUCAUCGUGGUGAACGGUUACUUCCCCGGUCUCACGCCGAAGCAGAUCCUGGCCGCCGCCGCCGCAGCCGUGCACCCCGGCGUCCCCUCCAGGGACCUCCACGGCACAAACACGGAGACCCUACUCGCGAUGAUCGCGGAGGCGACCAGCGCGCCGCACCUGCUCGCGCAGCGGACCAAGCACCACCACCACCCGCCCAAACGGCUGUACAUCGUCCUCCACAACAUCGACGGGCAGCAGCUUCGUUCUCCCGAGGCUCAGGCGCUGCUCGGGGAGCUCGCGGCUAUGCCCAGGGUGCACCUGGUGGCGUCGGUGGACCACGUCAACGCGCCGCUGCUGUGGUCGAAGCGAGAGGCUGCGCGGUUCAACUUUGUCUGGCAGGAGGCUACGACCUUCGCGCCGUACAAGUACGAGACCGCGCACGUGCCGCAGAUGCUGGCGAGCAAGGGUGAGGAGAGGCACGUGAGGGGCGCGGUCAACGUGUUGCGUUCGCUGACCAGCAACGCGAGGGACAUCUUUCGUUUACUCGCGGAGCACCAGCUGGCGAACCCGGAGUCCGGCGGGAUGACCUUCCACGCGUUCUACACGCGGUGCCGCGAGCAGUUCCUCGCGACUUCCGAGACGACGCUGAAGAGCCACCUGACGGAGUUUGUCGACCACGAGCUGACGAGGACGAAGAGGGGUUCGGAAGGGGUGGACCUCGUGCACAUCCCGUUCGCGGACGACGUGAUCGCGCAGCUGCUCGAGCAAAUC